CUUAGUGCAGCUUGCUCUGUUCCAGCUGUUAAAAGACAAAACCUGAAAGUCCAGAUCAACGCAACUGAUGAUACUAUUUGCAUGAAAUACCUUCGGCUAAGUCCAGACACCAAACUCCAAGGCUUCAUCCUGGGAUAUGGAAGCAGCAGCUUCUCUAACCAGUAUAUCCCUCUGCCUUCACAAGGAAAAUCCUAUGUAACGGAAGUUGAUGCUGAGCCAAGAUACUUGAUUACGGUGCGACCUGCACCCGUUCCAAGUCACAAGAAAACCUGCUCAGGUAAGACCAAGACUCAAAAGCCUCUCCAGCUGGUGAUUGGCACUUUGACCCCGACCUCUGUUUACCUGUCCUGGGGCAUCCUAGUCAAUCCACAGCAUGACUGGACUGCAAUGAGUAGCUGUGCUAGUGACAGAUUUUAUACAGUUCGCUACAGGGAAAAGGAUAAAAGCAAGAAUUGGGGUUUUCAGCUUUGUCCAACUACGGAGACAGUAGUGGAGAAUCUGAAGCCCAACACGCCUUAUGAAUUUGGAGUGAAAGACAACACAGAAGAUGGGAUUUGGAGCAAGAUUUUCAAUCAUAAAACCAUCCUAUUUAAUAAAAACAAAGAAAAUGGACAGCUCCAGAAUACCUACAAGGUCAUACCUAAUAUCCAAACACAGCUCAUACUAAAAGAUGGUCCAAAACUUGUCCCUGUUACAAUAAUCAAACAAGUAAUUCAAAAUGUCACACGUCGGAUGCUGCCUAAAACCACGGACAGGCCUUCCGUGGCAGGAGCAAUACUAGUGCACCUUAUCAUUCCAGGCCUCAAUGAAACACCACAACAGAAACUUCCUAAACCUGAGACAUUGGGCAUAGCUGAAACACCAAAGAAAAUAUUGGUUACAAAUGAAACCCAAAUAUGGCCUGCUGAAUCCAAAACACCAAAAGUGCAAGAAAUCUCCCCACGGGCCUUCCCAGCUACCAUUGAAUCAGUUCAGGAAAGCAUUAAACCUACCAUGUCUGCUUCCUCAGAAAAAUCAGAGGCAUCUCCAGCUCACAGUAAAAAUGAACUGGAAUCCGCACGACCUAGCAUAGCACCUACGACCAAAUUACCAUUGAACACACUGGCUCACAGUGAAACUGACAGUGGACUUGAAGAAACAAAAUCAAUUCCUAAACCUGACCCGUCAAAAACUCAAAACAUACUGGCUUCUAAUGAAAUGCAGCUGAUUCCUUCUGGAUCCAAAAUAUCUGAUACGCCAAAAAUACUACAGACAAAACCUGCUACCAAGAAACCAGCCCUGAAAUCUACAUCUUUUCCUUCCAUGGAAACCCCAGGGACAGUGACGGCUUUUGAUGAAACACAGUUUGUUUCUUCAAGAUCCAAACCAUCUGGUAUCCCAGAAAAGCUACCAACCAAAUCUGUAACUAUUCAAACAACUCCGAAACCUGUUACACCUGAAGCUAGUAAAGCAGAAGUUGCUUCAUAUGACUUUCUGCAUGUUUCUUCCACUCCCCAAACAUCUGAAAUUUCAGAAAUAUCAGUGCUAGAAUCUGUUACAAAUAGCCCUGACCUGGAAACAUCUGUGCCUCUAAUUUCCAGAAUACCUCAUUUGCUAGGAACAACAAUGGCUUUCGAUGAUACUCAUCCUGUUUUUUCAAACCCCACAACAUCCAAUGAGCCUGAUAGAACAGAUCUCAAACCAGCAGCAACAAGUGAACCCACUCUGGAAUCUUUCUCACCUAAAACUUCUAGUCCUCUUGAAUGGCCAAGAAAAACGUUGGCUCCAAAUGAAGCACCACUUAUUCCUUCUAAACUGAAACCAUCUCCUCUUCCAGAAGUGCAGCAUGUGAAACCUGUUCAAAAGCCACCACUUUUGGAGCAUAGUACACCUAAAGCUUCAAAGACUAUUGAAAGGCCAAAGGCGACACUAGCUCCCUGGGAAACAAAGUUUGUUCCUUCUACACCUAAACCAUCUGCCAGACCCAAAAUGCAACGAACUAAACAUGCAGAAAAAGCAAUUCAUUUGGAAAGCAAUACACCUAAAUUUUCUAACCCCCUCGAACUGCCAAGGACAACACUAGCACCCAGUAAAACAAAACGAAUUCCUUCCAAACCUAAAGUCUCUCUCCAUCCAGAAGAACCCAAGACAAAACCAGCAGCAACCAGGGAACCUGUUCCGGUGCCAGUCACUAUUAAGAUUUCUUCUAUUACUGCUACUACUAAGACUCUUGAACAUCCGAAAUCUACAAUGGUUUCAUAUGAACCACAACACAUUCCUUCCAAACCUAAAGCAUCUGCCAGUGCCAUGCCAGAAAUGCCACAUAGUAAACCUGAAUCCAGUGAAAUACAUUUCACACCUUUGAAGCCCAAAUCAUCUUCUGAACCUAAAAUGCCUCAAUCUAAACCUGCUCCAACUGAAACACAGUUCAUUCCUUCCAAACCUAACACGUCCCCAGAGCCAGAACUACCACAUCCUAAACCUGUCCUGGAACAUAUUACACUUAGAAUUGAACCAGCAAGGUCAACAAUAGCUCCAAAAGAGACACGACGUGUUCCUUUGAAGCCUAAAACAUCACCCAAACCUCAUGUGCCACAGACAAAACCUGCCCCAGAAGCAGCUAUAUUUAGAACUGAACAACCAAAGACACCAUUAGCUCCAAAAGAGGCACGGCGUGUUCCUUCAAAACCUAAAUCAUCACUGAGCCCAGAUGUGCCACAAACCAAACCUGCUCCAAAAGAGACACGGCGUGUGCCUUCCAAACCUAAAACAUCACCCAUCCCAGACGUUCCACCAACCAAACCUGCCGCGAAAGACAAUCGACGUGUCCCAUCUAAACCAAAAACAUCACCCAGCCCAGAUGUACCACAAACAAAAUCUGUUCCAAAAGAAACUCAGCGGGUUCCUUCCAAACUUAAAACAUCACCUAGUCCAGAUGUGCCACACACUAAACCUGCAGGAGCCAUUCGAUCCCUCCAAGAGCCAGUCACUGCUACAACUCCUCAUUCUCUUGAACGAGCAAAGGCAACACUGGCUUCAAGUGAAAAACUGUUCAUUCCUACUAAACCAAAAACAUCCAUCAAGCCAGAAAUGCCACAGACCAAACCUGCAAUACAUCAAACAUCCCCGCAGCCACUCAUAACAAAACCUUCUGUCACCUCUAAACAGACAAAGGCAACAAUGGCUCCAAAAGAAACACGACUCAUUCCAUCCAAACCCAAAACAUCUGUCAGGCCAGAAGUACUGCAGACUAAACCUGUUCCAAAUGAAACAUACCAGAUUUCGUUCAAGCCCCAAACUGUUCUAACAACUGAAAAUCCACUCUUGAAAACUGCUUCCUAUGUGAUUCAUACAGAAACCAUUAAACCUAAAAUAUCAAAACCAUUUGGCAAAACAGAGGCAACCCUGGCCCCACAUAAAGUGCGUCUCACUUCUGCAAGACCCAAGAUAUUUGAUAAGCCACAGACCAGACCUGCACUAAACAAGACAACACCAGGACCUGGUAGAACAAAAACUGCUGGAGUGAUGAGAUGGGGUGGGACACCAACAGAAACAGUUCAGAAUUUUACCAACUUUCUCAUGGGCUCAAAUAUAUCACUGGAAUCCAAUAUUACAAGGAAAAAGCCAGAUUCCGUAGCUACAGCACCUGGCCGUCGGCAUCCUCCCUUAGCUCCUGCCAAGCCCACACAGGUGCGAAGAAAACCGUUGCCUCCAAACACAGUGACUGGUAAACCAGGGAGUGCAGGAAUUGCCUUGAAGUCACGAGCUCCACCUUCUCCCACAACUAUUGUAGCUAAAUCUACUGGACCAACCAUAUCUCUGAAGAUGGAAACGCCAAGAAAGAAGCCAACAGUUUCUGCUUCUCCAGAGGACUAUGUUAAUACAACUGUCUUCAGCUCGAAUCCUACAUCAGAGACUGAUUCUCUGGGCAAACAACGGUUCACAGGCCCUCACGUCAAGUACAUACCAAAAAAUGACAGUGAGCCAUGUUCUAUUACAAGGACUCUCAAAUACUUCCAAGAAAAGAAGGUCAGAGAAGAGGAAAAUGUUACUAGCCCUCCACAAAAUCCUCCUUCCAACCUCACUGUGGUGACAGUCGAGGGUUGUCCAAGCUUUGUCAUACUGAACUGGACAAAACCGGAAAAUGAUACCGUUACCUACUAUGUGGUUUUAUCAACUGUAAAUGGAACAUCUAAUGGAACGGAGAAGAUCACUAUAACUACAAAGCAAACCCACUGUAUAGUGGAAAAUCUGGAACCUAACAGAAGUUAUGACUUCCGGGUGAAAGCCAAAAACCCUCGUGGUGAAGGUCCAAGCACCGCUACGGUCCUAUUUUCUACUGAAUCAGCGGACCCAAGAGUGAGCGAGCCAAUUUCAAUGGGAAAAGAUGCCAUCUGGACUGAAGUCCCUUUCAAUUCCGACUCCUAUUCAGAGUGCAAAGGGAAACAAUACGUCAAAAGGACCUGGUACAAGAAGUUUGUAGGCGUGCAACUGUGUAACUCCCUGAGAUAUAAGAUUUACCUCAGUGAUUCACUUACAGGACAAUUUUACAACAUAGGAGAUGAGAGGGGACAUGGAGAAGAUCAUUGUCAAUUUGUGGACUCAUUUUUAGAUGGACGGACAGGGCAGCGAGUUUUCCCAGACCAGCUACCAACCAAAGAUGGGUUCUUCAGAGCAGUUCGCCAAGAACCUGUCAAGUUUGGAAAAAUAGGUGGAGAGACCCAUAUUACCUACGUUCAUUGGUACGAGUGUGGAACUUCAAUACCUGGUAAAUGGUAGCUGCUACAUGAACUUGGAAAUGAAAGAAGGUCUAUCACUACCCUGCCCUUACCCCCAACAAGUUCAGAGAUGGAAAUGUUUAUGGCCCUCCUGUCAUUUAAACAUGUUUACCUAUGUAUAAAGUUUAUAAAACUCUAAUGACAAUACUGCUUUGUGUUUAAUAGCAUAGGCUGCUUACUAUAGUUACUCCAUUUUACCAAAAAGCAAGCUAAGCACAUGUCAUAGGAUAAGGUCUGGGGAAGCUGGCUCCCUAUAUUGUGGGUAUCAAGGUACAGUUUAUAUGGUAUUUUAAAAGAUACAGUUUGUAUAUUAUUUAUCACAAUGUUGUAAUAAAUAUUUUGAGGGAGAGUUAUGGCAAAGCUGAUCAUGAAACUGCAGUAUACAUUAAUUUUAGAUAUGCAUUCUGAUUGUUACUGAAAUAUAUAGUGUCCUAUGCUACCUGUCGAGGUAAUUCCGUAAAGUCUAAUUCAAUAAUUUAAGUACAUGGGGAAAGCUCUCAAACUGACUUCUGUACUUUAUAAGUUCUCAGAUUGAAGUGCUUUUCCCCUUACAGCUAACUAGACAAUUUGUGCUCUUGCCAAAAUUGGAAGAAAGCUUGUUAUAUUUUAAUGCUUUAGCACCAAGAAAGCAAUUCUAAUUUUUUUUAAAAAGCAGAGCUUCAAAUCUAUGACAGAAGUGUAGAUUCUGUCACCAAGAAACUCAAUAGUAGAAACACAUCCUAUAAGUUUAACCACAUGACCAGGCAGUGUCCCUAAACACAGUUGCUACUUAAAAUAGAACCUGAUCAACUUGGCAUGGAGUACCACCAAAGCUAAUUUAAUAGUAUUUUUAUUUAAUCAGGCUUUCAGAUAGGCAUUGUGCAUGGGGAACAGAAGUCAAAUCUGCUUCUACUGCAGUGAGUUUUCUGAAGUUUUGAUGAACUACUUUGCAGGCCAAAUGUAUAGCACCACAAAAUUUAAUGAGGUGUAGGAGGAUAUGUUCGAAAUACCAGUCUUUAAAGCACAAUCAGGUUUGCUUUAGUAAAAAAAAAAAAAAAAAAGAGCUUUUUUAAAGAAUUGUUAGUGUGAGACAAGGGGCAAAGUAGAAUGAAAUUAAUUUUCUCAAAAUUACUUUAUAGUAGUUCCACUGAAAAUCUACUUACCCUGUCUUCCCUUCCCAAAAUACUAGAUGUUGUAUUGCUUGAACAUUUAUGAACUAAAUAAAGAGAUUUUUUUUUAAGCAGGGUGUUUAUUCAUUGUUUUAAAAAGGAACACCAAAGAAAUGUCAUUUCUAGAAAAUGCCUUAUAAAGUACAUUGCAGGUACACUGUACUCUAAUAAAAUAUUUUUUA